AUGUCUUAUCAACCUGACUACUACAAAAUACUGGGCAUAGCCCAAGAUGCGACCCAGCAACAGAUCCGCACCGCGUAUAAGAGAGAAUCUCUAAAAAACCACCCGGACCGCGUCCCAACCGACUCCCCCGAACGCCCCCAACGCACGAAGAAAUUCCAAGAAAUAAACGAGGCAUACUACACCCUCUCAGACCCGUCCCGCCGCCGGGACUACGACACAGCGCGCGCCUAUGAGGAAGCCGAUGAAGAAGUCAACGACGAACCUCCGCACAGCACACCCGGCGGAUUUCCCUGGUCAAGUUUCGGAUUCGGCGAACGCCAAUCUCAAACCGACGCCCAAUUCAGCAGCGUUUUCGAAGAAAUGAUGCGCGAGGAAGGUCUCGGCGAAGAAGACAACGGUCGGACUCAGCCAACGAGUAAAUUCUGGGCCAUCGUGGGUGGUGUUAGUGGCGGAGCGCUGGGAUUUAUCGUGGGGAAUUUCCCCGGUGCGCUGGCGGGGGCUGUGGCGGGUAACAGACUUGGUGCUGUGCGGGAUGCGAAGGGGAAGAGUGUUUAUGAGGUUUUUUUGGAGUUGCCGCAGGGUGAUCGGUCUAGGUUGUUGAGUGAGCUUGCGGCCAAGGUUUUUCAGACUACCAUGGGGGGG